CGGCAUUAGGCAUUAAUUAAGAGCUCUUUUCCUUCAACAACAAAUUAAUUGGCACUGAAAUGAGGAUCUAUGUGAACCUGUUACAAGGCAGAGGUGUCGCAGUGAAGAACUCCUACGUGAAGUUGCAAGUCGGGAAACAGAAAUCGAAGACCGCCGUUUUCAGGAACACUGAAAAUCCGGUUUGGAAUGAGGAAUUCGUUUUCAGAGUGCACGAUUUGAAUGAGGAGCUGCUUGUUUCCGUCUACAAAUGCGACGAUCACCAUCACGGUCACGGUCACCCCUUUUUUCAUCUCUCCGCUGCUGGAGAGCUGACGGGUCGGGUCAGGAUUCCGGUUUGGCGGGUUGCGGAGGAGCCGGAUCAGACCUUGCCACCGACUUGGUUUACGCUCGAGAGGCCUAAGAAUGGGAAAUCACUUCACAAUGAUUCUGGUAAAAUUCUUCUGGUGCUAUCCCUGCACGGUAGGCAUCAGGAGACAUCGAUGUCUCCUGACUGUCAUAAUCACUUACAAUGGGAAAGUAGGAUUCAAAAUGGUCACGCAUCACCCCCUGCAUCCAGAAAGUCGAACGAAGGGAAACAUUUGAUGAAGGCGCUUGCUGGUCGCUUGGAGAAACUCUUCCAUAACAAGGAUGAGGCACCACGAGACGAGACUUCCUCUGAACUGUCUACGCAGUCUGAUAAUGAAGACCAUGUCACGGAGACUUCUUCUGAGGAUUCCACUUUCGAGGAAGUGAUCGAACAACUUGUGCAAUCAGGAAACGAGAAUGGAGAAAUGCCAGAGGAUCUGCGAGGGGGCAUCCUUCUCGAUCAUACUUACAGAGUGUCGCCAAAGGAUCUUAACUUGGUUCUCUUCGGUCCGAAUUCUGAAUUCCGCAGAAGUUUGGCAGAGUUACAAGGAACAACAGAUAUGCAAGAGGAAUUGUGGAAGUGGAGGUUGGAAGGAGAGAAGUCGCAUUUGAGAAGAGUCGUUACGUACACGAAACCAGCAUCCAAGCUAGUUAAGGCUGUGAAAGCCACAGAAGAGCAAACCUAUGUCAAAGCCAAUUGUAAUGAAUUCGCUGUGCGAGUUAAAGUGAGCACUCCAGAUGUUCCAUAUGGUAACACUUUCAAUGUUGAACUACUAUAUAAGAUAAUGCCUGGUGUCACGUCCUCAUCCUCUUCAGAAGGGGAAUCUGCUCGUCUCGUUAUUUCUUGGGCUGUAACUUUCAGUCAAACUACAAUGAUGAAGGGGAUGAUUGAAAGCGGAGCAAGACAAGGUUUGAAGGAAAGUUUCGAGCAGAUCUCUACAUUACUCUCUCAGAGGUUCGAAGUGGUAAAAGAUGUAGAUACAUUAGACAAAGAUCGUGUUUUGGCAACUAUGGAGACUGAGAACCAAGGGGAUUUAGAUUUGGGAAUUCAUUACUUUUGGAAUUUCACGGUGGUGUCAACCGUUUUCUUGUUGUUACACGUCGUUGUUCACAUUUUCCUCUGCAAACCGAGCAUGAUACAAGGACUGGAGUUUGAAGGGCUCGAUUUACCUGAUAGUUUUGGAGAACUUAUUACCAGUGGCAUAUUGAUCAUUCAAUUGGAGCGAGUUUAUAACAUGGUUUCGCAUUUUGUUGAAGCUAAACUUCGCAAAGGAAGUGAUCAUAGAGUCAAAGCUCAGGGAGAUGGAUGGGUUCUAACAGUAGCAUUAAUCGAGGGGUCAAAUUUAGCUUCUACAAAUCCAACCGAGGUUCCAGACCCUUACGUUGUGUUCACUUGUAAUGGCAAAACACGAACUAGCUCGGUGAAGCUUCAAACUCUUGAUCCUCAAUGGAAUGAGAUACUUGAGUUUGACGCCAUAGAAGAACCCCCGUCCGUGUUGGAUGUUGAAGUUUUCAACUUUGAAGGCCCAUUCGACCAAUCCUACUCACUCGGUCACGCUGAGAUCAAUUUCUUGAAGCACACAGCUGCGGAGCUUGCAGAUAUUUGGGUGCCUCUGGAUGGAAAACUCGCUCAGGCUGCUCAGUCGAAGCUGCACUUGAGGAUCUUCUUGGACAAUAAUAAUGGAGUCGAAACACUUAGAGAUUAUUUAGCAAGUUUGGAGAAGGAGGUUGGGAAAAAGUUGAGCCUGCGUUCGCCACACAGGAAUUCAACUUUUCAAAAGAUCUUUACACUGCCUUCGGAUGAGUUUCUCAUCAGUGAUUUCUCUUGCUCGUUGAAGAGAAAGUUGCCAUUGCAGGGCCGACUGUUCCUCUCUGCCAGAAUCGUUGGAUUCUAUGCGAACUUGUUUGGGCACAAAACAAGAUUCUUCUUCCUCUGGGAGGACAUCGAAGAUAUUCAAGUCCUACCUCCGUCUCUUGCAACAGUCGGAAGCCCAACAAUCGUUAUAAUUUUGCACAAGGGUCGAGGUCUUGAUUCUAGACACGGAGCCAAGAUUUUGGAUGAGCAAGGGAGGCUGCACUUUUACUUCCAUUCAUUCCCUUCUUUUAAUGUUGCAAGCAGGACCAUUAUGGCCUUGUGGAGAACAAGAACACUCGAGCCCGAUCAGAAGGCAAGAAUUGCCGAGGAGCAACUGCAAGAUGAUGGGGAUGGCGAUGAUGUGAAGUCUCUCCUGCUUGAAGACACACCAUCCUAUUUGGUGGCUGAGGAUGUGAAGAUGACCAAGGUUUACACUGUAGAACUGCCUUUGAACCCCAAAUCACUAAUGGAAAUGUUUGAUGGAGGUGAGUUGGAACACAAAGUCAUGAGCAUGUCCGGGUGCCUCAACUAUGUCACGACCGCGUGGGAGCAAGCAACAACCGGCGUUCAAGAAAGACGCGUCAACUACAAGCUGAGCCGCCGUAUCUCAAACUUUGGCGGGGAGGUGACGAGCACGCAGCAGAAAUCACCCUUGCCAGACGACAACGGAUGGGUGGUGAACGAGAUCAUGACCCUCCACGACGUCCCCCUGAGCAAUCACUUUAGAGUCCAAUUUCGACACCAUAUCGAGAGAUCUUCGUUCAUGUAUAAUGCUUGCAAGUGCGAUGUAUAUAUUGGGAUAGUGUGGCUAAGAAACACUAUAUUUGAGUCAAGAAUUACUAGGAAUAUUAUUGAUAAAUUCACUAAUCGUUCAGAGGAAAUAUUGCAGUUGGUGGAGAGAGAGGCUUUGCUGACUAGUACAUAGCAGUAAGUUCAUAUGGUGUAUCCAAAGCUUGUAUAGUCAUAAUUAGGUCGUAGUUUCGUUGAAUGUAACCUUGUUAUUCGAAGUAGUAUUCUCAAAUUCCUCA